CAAAUCAAAACUCGACAUAUUCAAAAUGAAGGGCUCAGGUAUUCUGUCAGCGUUGGCCCUAGCUAGCUUCUCAGCUGCUCAGACACCAGCGGGAUUCGAACCGGUCGUCGAGCAGAAGCUUGAGGUCGCCUUCGGCACCAAGUCCGUGACGCCAGGCUUAGCGUUGGCGAAAACUGACACUGCGAGGCAGCCAACCAUUGGGCUAAGUACUCCAGCAGAUGGAACCUACUUGUGGAUGAUGAUCGACAUCGAUGCAUCCACCAACUUCAUCAACCCAGGCGCCGGGCAGCCAGCCACGUACCUGCACACGGUGAUCCGGGACUUCAAAGCGAGCGGCGCCGCCUCCGCCGACGGCGUGACCACGCUCACGUCGACGUCCAACACGCCCGUCGCGUGGUUCGCGCCGGCGCCGCCGGCCGAGAACCCCCCGCACCCGCACCGCUACACGAACCUGCUGUGGGAGCAGCCCGAGAACUGGCAGGUCCCCGCGGCCGCCAGCCAGAUGCUGCAGAGCCAGAAGUCCGGGUUCAACGUCCCGAAAUUCAUCACGGCGGCGGGGCUGAGCGCGCCGAUCGCGGCGAAUUAUUUUAAUGUUACCGGUUAA